CCCCCCAGAUCUUCACCCUCUCUAACCAACCCCUUUCUGUAUCUUUCUUCCUUUUCCCUCGCUCCGUUUUUUCCCAAUUCCGACAGCUCUACGAGAAGAAUUUCGUCGGACAGGGGGAAGAAUCCGCGCGCAUGUGCCGCGGGGGUGGCUGCCUCGAGGAGCGUAACAGCGAGUCGGAGACAACGAGAGGAAGUGGGAAAGAGUGGAGGCAGUGGAUGCAGGCCUGUGGGAGGAAUAAGGACGGGGAGGGGUGUGCGCGAGAAGGGGGGUAAUACGUGUGAGAGUACCCUGAAGAGUGGCGUCGGUAGUACGGUGGUGGGAGGAGGGGAAGCGCGAGGGGCAAGAGGCGACCGUUCACGUCUUUUCGACGUCGACGCAACCCCGUUGGCGCAGAAUAGCUGCUCAGUGCUCGUCGAACGGCGCUGUGUUGCGACGGGACCAUGCCGCCGCGCCCUGCACCACCGAUCAACCGAUCUCAGAGAGCGGGCUCGUGAACAACAUGAACUCGAGCGGGGAAUCAGGCGGGACGAUGACCGAGGACUACGAGAUGACAGGCUGCGGCCCGCCGGAAGAGGAAACGGGCUCGAACUUGCCGGUUUGGGAAGCGGCGGCCGCCUCAUUGACGCUUGGCUUCCUCGUUCUCGCGACGGUGUUGGGGAACGCGCUCGUGAUCCUGAGCGUGUUCACGUACAGGCCCCUUCGUAUCGUUCAGAACUUCUUUAUCGUGUCGCUAGCUGUCGCCGAUCUCGCGGUCGCGAUCCUCGUGAUGCCGUUCAACGUCGCCUACCUCCUCCUCGGCAAGUGGAUCUUCGGCAUACACCUGUGCAAAUUGUGGCUAACCUGCGACGUGCUCUGUUGCACGGCCAGCAUACUGAAUCUGUGCGCCAUCGCCCUCGACCGUUACUGGGCGAUCACCGAUCCCAUCAAUUACGCCCAGAAACGUACCCUGAAGAGAGUACUGGCCACGAUAGCCGGGGUGUGGAUCCUGUCGGGGGCGAUCAGCUCGCCCCCCCUGGCCGGUUGGAACGACUGGCCCGAGGAGUUGGAACCGGGCACACCCUGCCAAUUGACCAGGAGGCAGGGAUACGUCAUCUACUCGUCGCUCGGCUCCUUCUUCAUCCCGUUGCUGUUGAUGAGCCUCGUCUACCUCGAGAUAUAUCUGGCCACGAGGAGACGGUUGAGGGAGCGGGCCAGGCAGAGCAGGAUAAACGCUGUCCAGUCGACGAGGCAUCGCGAGGCGGACGACGCCGAGGAGUCGGUCAGCUCGGAGACGAAUCAUAACGAGAGGUCGACCCCUCGGUCGCACGCCAAGCCGUCGUUGAUCGACGACGAGCCGACCGAGGUCACGAUAGGGGGUGGCGGUACCACGUCCUCGAGGCGGACGACGGGGAGCAGGGCAGCCGCGACCACGACAACGGUUUACCAAUUCAUCGAGGAGAGGCAGAGGAUCUCGUUGUCGAAGGAGAGACGGGCCGCGAGGACAUUGGGCGUGAUAAUGGGCGUGUUCGUCGUAUGCUGGUUGCCAUUCUUUCUGAUGUACGUGAUCGUCCCGUUCUGCCCCGAUUGUUGCCCCUCCGAUCGUAUGGUCUACUUCAUCACGUGGCUCGGUUACGUGAACAGCGCCCUCAACCCGCUCAUCUACACCAUCUUCAACCUCGACUACAGGAGGGCAUUCAGACGGUUGUUGCGCAUUCGUUGAACACUUGUUGUUGGCAACGCUUGUUUAUUGCAUCUAUCGCGAAAUUGUGGGAAACAAGAUUUGCCGCCGAAAUCGUCAUCGGGACGACUACUCGGCCCCGCUUGGGAUUGGUCGGCGAGGAAGGAAAGAGGAUUGGAGUUCGGCUGAGUUUUUCGAGGAUGAUCGAGGAAGUGGCACCGAUUCAAAUUCUUUCGAAGGAGGAAAGAGAGGGGGGAUCGUGAAAAAAUACGAAGAGUUUAUUUUCUUCGCGGAACGAAGAAGAAGCGUCUAAAAUAUGGAUUAUUCGUAGAAACAAAGAGAGAGUUCGAUGGAAGAUUAAGCGAUCAAAGGUCGAAUACACGAUAGUCUAAUUUAGCUACGACGAUGUUCACUCCCGGAAGAGUCGUUCCAUUAAACUUGUUCCAUUAAUCCUGCUAGGGAAGCGAGGGAGCGCGGAUAAGGAAUUUUAAGGAAAUGAAGUCGCCGCCCCUGCUCGAUUGUCCUAUACCUCAUUUCAUCCGUCGUUACGCGUUGAGUUCAGCUGAACGAUAAAUUCACCGCUAUCUUCGAUCGGUCAUGAAUAAUGGAAAUCGGUGGAUUCGAUCGUCGCUACUCGGUCGUCUCGACUCGAACAAGACCGUAAACCGAAGACCUUCGAAUGAAUUGAGCGGUGGGGAGGGGAGGGUUGUAGUGGAGGAGGCGUCGUGUAAAAAUUCGAUUUCGACGCCGAGUCGAUCCGAAGUCGUUCCAUUUCCUAAGGAGCCUUGUAAAAUAUUGCUCUCCCGAGAAUUCGAAUAUUCUUGAUGAAUCGAUAUCGAAUAUGGCGAGCCUUUUUUAAAUUUCUUUCGCCCUUGCUUCCACCUCUUUCUUUUUAUCCAUAAGAGAUAGGAUGGGGUUAGGUUAAGUUAGGUUGUUGCGUAUGAAAUGCGCCAAAUUUCCUGAAAAUUCACUGGAAUUAUUAAUUUGACAUCUUAUAAAGGAGGAAAAAAGAAUCUGUCUCAUUGGUACAAAAAAAUUUAAGUUACAAAGCUCGAUCAAGAAUUAGAUAAUUUCAUUUGCAACAGCCUAAUUCAAACAUAAGAUGGAAAAGAGAAAAAAGGAAAAAGAAGAACUCUUCUCGUCGCCAAUCUCAAAAAAGCCGAGCAGAGAAAUUCACGUUUACGAAUAGGAAUUUUCUACGAAACCGACCAAGACUCCAGUUAAGAUGUUUUAGAAUAUAGAAUUUACGUAUUCUAGGUGGUAUACAAGCACGUGUGUACGUUGUAUAUUUCACCUAAAUGUCGGUGGCGCACAAGGGGUGAUUACAACCCGUUCGACAUCACGUGACGGUCUUUUAAUAGAGAAAAAAUCGAGCGGGUGUUUUAUUCGCUGAACAAUGGGGACAGUUACCCUCCUCCUGGAUGGCCGAUGAUCAUUCUGUUAAGUAGUCCUCGUGAAAAAGAACGUUUUUGUUUGAUGUCGGCUGCUUGCUUCCUCGAUUGCAAUAUUUCCAUUCUUCAAAGAAUCCUUCCGGGCAGAGUGUCCGUCAGAUUUACGAAUUCAUGGACAUAGAGAAUUGGCAAUUGGAAAUCUCGAUAGAUUCGAUCGAUCAUAACCGAGUCGAGAUUGUUUUUUUUCUCUUUUGUUAUUUUCGAAAUUUAUGGAAUCCUACGAAAACGUGACACGAUGUUUUUCAAUUAUUAAUUACGAUUUUUGCAUAGUAAUUCGCAUAGUUUUCUAUUUAUCAUGUUAUUUUUCGUGUCAUUAAAUGAUAUCAUAAUUUUAUUUAUAAUUAAGUAUUUUCCAAAAUUUUAUUUAUUUAAAAUUAAUUAGAAUAUAUAUAUCAUGAUUUAUAAAGUGAUCAAAAAUAAAAAAUAUGAUAAAGAACAUCGGUGCACACAGAGCAUAUAAUGAAAGCAAAGAAAGGAAGCUCAAAUCAAUGAUUAACUAUUAAAAAAAUAUAAUAAUCUGAAUUAAAUAAAGAUCAUUCGAGCGAUUAAAUCUUGUUAAAAGCGCGAAUAUAAAUCUUUCGAAAUUUUUUUCCAUCGGAAGAGAAAAAAAAUGCAGGACAUAAUUUCCACAAUUUUUUAUUUUAAGAUUCUAUAAAAAAUGCACAGGAUAUCGACCGAUUUGAAAAAUUUCAAAUCGACGGACAAGACGAUUUUCUACACCGAGUAUUCCCUCUUGCGCUCCCAUGAGCACGAUCACGGUGUAAUGGACAAGUAGACCUCGUUACGUGGCGUAACGUGGUUGGUCGAUUUUUCUUGGAAAGCGUGGCGUGACCGGUCGGUCCCGAGGAAAAACUUUCUCAGGAGAAAGAGCAUUGAUCAUCGACUCGGAGGAGGGGAAACUAAAGAAUUCCGUUUUCUUUUCUUUCCCCCCUUUUUUUUUUUUUUUCUUCUUAGCAACUUAGACCGUGAGACAUCGCGUGAUACGAUGAUAAUAUCCCUAAAUGUGCGAUUAGACGUUAAACCUAAUCCCUAAUUUAUACGAACAAUCGCAAAUCGUGAAUAUCGAAUAACAAAAGGGAAAUCCAAAGAGUGCGAGGUGAAGGCGUAAGAAAAGGGCGAGGGGGGAAAGAACAAGAGAAAAAGUUGUUAUUACGAAAGCCACAGACGAGGGCGUCAAAAAAAAGAAAGGAAAAAAUAAUGAAAAGAGAAAAAAAUCGUCUGCACGUAUCUCUGUAUAAAAAAAUUACGUUUAAGUCGCCUCCAAUCUUCUUCCCAUUGACAUUUAAAGCGCACACGAAUCGUGUACAGGGCGCGUUCACGCGCGAGCCGAAUACAAAAACCUUGGCUCCUCGUGCAUCGGCUCGUUCGUCGAUGCGUCGCGAUCGCGUUUGAGGGAAGGAGAGGAAAAAUCGUUCUCUCUAAUGGAAAAAGAAAAAAAAAGAAAAAAAAAGAGAAAAAAGAGAAAAACGUAUAAAAAAAAUAAAAGAAAAAAUAUCCCUCGAUACAUAUCGAAGAUGAUUGAAAUCGUUGCCAUCGUUUAUUAAGCGCGAUGUGAUUUGUGCGUGUAUAAUAACAUACGGCGUGCGAACGAGUAGUCGGUUAUUCGUUAAUAGGACAGCGAGCGGGGACAAUGGAGUCCUCUGACGAUGUCGUCGAUGAUCGGAUUCGCGCGGAUUUGUCUCGUAUCGUCGAAUGAUCGAAGCGCGAGGAGUUUAAAUUAAAACGAGUCGUUACCGAUUAACGAGGGAAUAGGUGGCGUGUUUGCCGUCCCCUCGAGUGCCGCGCCAAAUCAAAUAAAGAAACGUAAAAAAAAAAAAGGGGGGGAGAAAAAAGAGGGGAAAAGUAAUGGAGGGGAGAAGGUGGAGGAGGAGAGGAAAAAAACAGGAGAGAAAAAGCACGGAUAUUAGUAGGGAGUAACUCGUGGUAACUCGUGUGCGAAAGGGAAGAUCGCGCGAAAGGUUUGGUUUAUUCAAACAAAAAGAAAAAACCACCUCGACCUCGUCACCACAGGGCGCUUUAAUAAUAAGGUUGUGAUAAGGUUGUGAGAAACAUGUUCGUAGCCGUGCUACGAACACACCGCAAGAUUUUUAAUUAUAUAGGUUAGACAAAUGAACAUUACUUUGUUCGUGGCACUGUCCAAAACGCGGCACGGAAUUCCUAUCCAAGAGAGAAUAUUGAAACGCGACGCUCGAACAAUUUUAAAUUGGAUCGGGAUCGAUCGAUGCCGAUCUUCGAGCUCGAGUUUCCUUUUUUUUUUUUAGAGAUAAAGUUGCUAAAAUUUCUCUAAAUUUCCUUUCUCUCAUUCUUUGUUUUCUUUAUCAUCCGCCUUCUUUCAUUCCCUUUUAAAAAUGGCGAGCUUUUUUUCCCUCGUGCUAUUUUUUUUUUUCUUCUUCUCCUUUCUUUCCUUUACACCACCCUUUUCAUAGUGGCAAACUGUGUUAACAGUGACAGUGACUAUUACAGAGACUCGAUUUCUGGCAGAGCUGGACUUCGCGCAUUCUCUCCAAGUGUGCUCGUAAAACGUGAGCUACACAGUCGCUGCUCCCUUCCUCCUCUAUUAAGCUCGUAAACGAGGGGGUCAGGGAAAUCGGUUAUCGCAAAUUUUCUCCAUUGCUGCUUUUACCGUCGCAUUGAAUACGAAUUCGAAACGAUCGAAGACCGAUCUCGUCAAAUCCAAUGAUCAUUGAGUGAUUAUCCCUUUGUCUAUAACAGCUAUUUUCGAGCAAUUUUUUGACACAGCUUAUCAUUUCGAUAAGAUUAUCUUUAUCUUAUAUACGUUGUUCCGUAUCGAAUUAAAAUACCUAUGAAACAUUUUUAUCUCACUUUCGAUUUUUCUUCUUUCGCUCUAUCUCUCCUUUUUUUUUCUUUUUAAUUGAAUAUUUAAAAUAUUUCAAGCAACACGUGUUUCAACACGCUCGCAUUUAAAAACGACUGGCAAUCAAUACGUGAUACCCGCAUCGUAAAAAAAGAAAAAAAGAAAAAAAAAAAAUCCCAUGCGAAAUUUGUUUCGAGGCAACUUCCCUAUCAUAUUCGUUUUUUCCAUCGAAGAAGAACAAAAGAAAUAUGCGGAGCGAACAAAUGGCAAAUGGAAAGAGAAGAAAGAAUAAAUAAAUAAAUAAAAAUUGGGGAAAAAAAUAUUUUGUUCUGAUAUAUCGCGUUUUUUUAUUUCGCCCAUAUGAGCGUAGUUUCCAUUUAUAUACGUUCCUUCUUUCUUUCCUUUUUCUUUUUUCUUUCUUUCUUUCUUUCUUUUUUUUUUCUUUGAUGGAUUUUAUAUUUAUUUUUCGAAUUCCUCGAAUCUUUGUCCUCGUGUCACGAACGAACACCGCUAAAAUUAGUAUUGCGUGUCGUGAAGCAAUUAGAAAGUUGUUUGAAAGAUGCUUGCCCGUAUCAGCCGUAUUUC